AUGGCACCUGACUGGAAGCAGACAGCUGCUGAGAAACGCGACUCCGUUCUCGCUCUUAUACCUGAGGAAUGGCGUAUCCCUGCACCACCAUCUGCGGAAGAGCAAAGAGAUGUCACUGGCAAGUUCGUCCAGCAGUAUCUGGAUCCCAAAGAGAUUGAGAUCACCGAGACAGAAGCUGUUGAGAUUGUCAAGAAGACUAGUACUGGUGAAUGGACUGCCGUUGAGGUCACGAAAGCUUUCUGCCAUCGCAGUGCAAUUGCCCAUCAACUAAUUUUCUAUGACGCUGCAAUCGAGUCUGCUCAGAAACUUGACCACUACCUUGCAAACCACAAAAAGCCAAUUGGACCUCUUCACGGUUUGCCUGUAUCGCUCAAGGACCAAUUCCACGUCAAAGGAGUCGAAACUCACAUGGGUUACGUUGGAUGGAUUGGUACUUUUCAAGGCGAGAAGGGGACAGGUAAGGAGAAAGUAUAUGAAUCUGAGAUGGUCAAGGAAUUACGCAACUUGGGCGCUGUUCUCUUCGUGAAAACAGCCGUACCGCACACACUGAUGUGCGGUGAAACAACAAACAACAUUAUUGAAUACUGCUGGAAUCCUACGAACAGAAAUCUUAGUGCUGGUGGUAGCUCUGGUGGUGAGGGUGCUCUCAUUUCGCUGAGGGGUAGCCCUCUUGGCUGGGGUACCGACAUUGGCGGAAGUAUCAGAAUUCCUGCUGCGUUCAAUGGACUUUUUGGCUUGAGACCAAGUGCCGGUAGGAUGCCUUAUGAAGGAAUGGCCAACUCGUUCGAUGGAGCCCCGAGUAUUCUCAGCGUCGUUGGACCCUUGUCAUCGUCAUCUACUGGUCUCAAAUUGGCUGUGCAGUCUAUUCUGCAGACUGAACCGUGGCAGCACGACCCACGUGUACACCCCAUACCUUGGAGGACUGAACAGGAGGAGACGGUCAAAAAGCUAGCACAGGAGAAAAAGCUCACGUUUGCAGUUUUGAGACAUGAUGGAAACUGCGCUCCUCACCCUCCAAUUAAGAGAGCUCUUGACGAAACUGUCCAAAAAUUGGAAUCUCUCGGUCACAAGAUCAUUGAGUGGCAACCGCCCAGCCAUGGCAAGCUCGAAGAUAUCUGCACCAAGUCUUGGAACUACGAUGGCGGUACAGACGCUGCGAAGGCCUUUGCCCUCAGUGGAGAGGAUCCCAAGCCUAACAUCAUGUUCGAGCAGUCAUCUCAAGCCAACGCUACGGAUAUUAUGCGUAACCAAGUCAACAAGAGAGAUGCCGAGAAGGAGUACAUGGAGUACUGGAACUCGACCAGUAAAUUGACCGGCACUGGUCGUCCGGUGGAUGCUAUCAUCAGUCCCCUCGCGCCCUUUGCCGCAGCUCGUCCUAACAAGUACACCUCGUACAGCUACUCGGUGUGGGUAAACGUGCUUGACUACACCUCUGUGGUCGUACCAGUCACCAAGACGUCGAAUGACAGCUCUUGGAUUGCACCACCGCCUCGACUCGACCCACGACUGAGCAGAAAAAACCAUGGCAGAAGCGUCGAGCCAGACGCCGGCCACGGUGUCGACUCCCUCGUCGUCGGCCGCCGGCACCGUGACAGGGCCUCAGGCCUCUGCAUCGCACGACCACUCGGUCAAUGGCAGCCAGCACGACGGAGACAACAGCUUGGACUCGUCGACCAAGGCCCCAAGGACCGCAACUGCCCAUUCUGCAACCAAGCCUUCACCUCUUCCUCCCUCGGCCGUCAUUUGGAUCUCUACAUUAAGCCCAAGCCGGCCGAUGGCAUCCACGACGUCGAAAAGAUCAAGGUCAUGCGAGGCGGCAUCACGAGACGCCAGCCGAGAAACAGUCUGAGGGCCAGUGCAAACAACAACAGCAGGCUCCAACACGACGAAGAUGCCGCCAGCGACCGCGGCACUCCGACCGGCCAGUGGGGUCGUCGGAUGACCAUUUCGUCCCAGGACACAGCUGGCGGCGCCUCGAGCGCCAUGGGCGGUACUGGCGUUAUCAACAACCUCCCGCCACGCAUGUCUGAUGUCUCGUCGUCCAACAUGAGCCCCGCCCUGCAGCGCUCCUCGCAACAAAAAGACCAAGAAUCCCAGGACAAUGCAAAGGCUGCCGAGUUGGCUCUGCGUGAACUACUCGACAGUCUCGAGGCUGCUAGACGCCGAGUGUCGCACCAGGAUGUUUUCAACUUCGACUUCUGCUCCAUGAACUUCCCCUCGCUCUGCCUGCACGCGCUUCCCGCUCCCCAAACCCUCUUCUCCAUGACGCCCUUUGCUAGCAGUGACUCGUGGUCCCUCGACGUUCCCUCGGAUGCCCAGCUCGAUGCCCUCCAACGCCAGAUCACACAACAUGUCCGCAGACUACAGAUGCAUCUGCAGGCCGCCUGGAAUAAUUGGUCUCCCCUCUCGGACAAAGACAAAAGCUCAACUUGGGGCAUUGAAAUUUUGCGUGCCUUUGCUCGUGCCGAUCAGCGCUCAAAAGAGAAGGAGGAGGAAUUGGUCAAAGCACAACAAGAGAUCGCCCAGAUCAAAGAGCAGUUUGCUCGUAUGAGCAAUCUUCAAUUGCCCCGCGAGUUCAUGCUGCAGCCGCCCGUCUCUCUACCUCUCGACCCUGCCAUCGUCUCGGACAUGUUGACCAAGGACCAAUCUCGCGACUGGGACUACGACCGUAUAAUCGGCAGAUGGAGGGGCGCCGUUAAGGCCGGCAAGCUUGGAGGUGCUGCCGUCAGCCUGCAACCUACACCGAAUGAGCAGCCUGCCAUCUCGACCCCAUCGGGUCCCUCUACUGCUUUAGUAAGAAACACCCACCCCGCUCCAGCUCAGCUGCCUGCAACCUCUCCCUACGAUACCAGAGUCAACCAGACUCCUCUCCAGAACGGACAUGCAUCUGCCCAUGGACCCGCCUCUCGUCAACUCGGCGCCCACCAGAUUGACGACGACGAAGAUGCUGACGCUGAUGCCGACGCCGAUGCUGAUGCAGACGCUGACGCUGAUGCAGAUGCAGAUGCCGAUGCCGACGGUGAAGAUGCCCCAAUGGGCAACGCACCGCACUGGGGCUCUCACCCUCAGCACAGCUUCGGUAGCGACACCCACAUGGGCGGCAUGACCAACGCUAACGGCAAGCGUCCUCCUCCUCCCUUUGAUCGUUCCAACUCCAAGAACGCGAAGAUGUACCAUGAUAGCCCGCUUCCUUCCGACACUGACGUCUUUGGGACCCGUGCCGUCGGUCAGGUUUAG